UUCAACCGCAACUGUCAAAAAUAUUUUUUCUCUGUGCCCAAAAAAAGCGGCAAAAGUAUCAACGUUUAAAUGAAUUAAAUAAUGUUGCUAUUAUAAAAUAAAUACUGUAAUAAAUAAGGAUGUGGAAGUAAAAUUAGUUCGAGUUUAAAAUUAGAAAUAUAAGUAAAUAAAUUGUACAAUAAAUAGAUAUGUAUUUAUAGCUGUUAUUAAAAAAUAAAUUAAAAUGGCCGCUGAAAGGCUGCUGUGGCUGGCGACUGCAUUGCUUCGUCUCUGGUUAGGUGCUGGGGAUUUGUGUUAUGCACAGUCAACGCUUCUGUCCUUCCAAGAUCUUCUACCAGAUGACCCUCGGUUGUACGACAAAAUGCGACCGCCAAAAAAGGAUGAUCAGCCCACUAUAGUUAACUUUCAUGUAACUGUCAUGGGAUUAGAUUCUAUUGAUGAAAAUUCUAUGACGUACGCAGCCGACAUAUUUUUUGCCCAAACGUGGAAGGACUUUCGCCUACGACUGCCAGAGAAUAUGACUACGGAAUACAGGUUACUAGAAGUAGACUGGCUGAAACACAUGUGGCGACCAGACUCUUUCUUCAAGAACGCGAAGUCUGUCACCUUCCAGACGAUGACCAUACCAAAUCAUUACGUCUGGUUGUAUAAGGACAAAACUAUAUUAUACAUGGUGAAGUUAACUCUGAAACUGUCGUGUGCUAUGAACUUUUUGAUCUACCCGCAUGAUACGCAAGAAUGUAAGCUGCAAAUGGAAAGCUUAUCCCACACGACAGACGACAUGAUCUUCCAAUGGGACCCUGAAGUGCCCCUGGUGGUAGACGAGAACAUAGAACUGCCCCAACUUGAACUGGUGAACAAUCGAACGGCUGAUUGCACGCAAGUUUAUUCUACUGGUAAUUUCACGUGCCUUGAAGUGAUAUUCAAACUGAAGAGACGUCUUGGCUAUCACCUCUUCAACACCUAUAUACCGACCUGCCUUAUUGUUAUAAUGUCUUGGGUAUCAUUCUGGAUCAAGCCAGACGCUGCGCCCGCGCGCGUCACGCUCGGCGUGACGUCACUGCUCACGCUAUCGACGCAGCACGGCAAAGUACAGUCGCAACUACCACCUGUAUCGUAUUUGAAAGCUGUUGACGCAUUUAUGUCUGUUUGUACCGUAUUCGUGUUCAUGGCGCUCAUGGAAUAUUGUUUAGUUAAUAUUAUACUAGAUGAUGGUGGACGGAAACCAAAGGAACCAGCUGAAGCAGCCAAAGCAAAACUCCGCGCGAUCAACAUUGACAGAUUUUCCCGCGUUUUCUUCCCUUUACUAUUUUCAGUCCUUAACGCCAUCUAUUGGAUACAAUUCGCACAGUACAUAUGAUUAGAUUAAUUAUUGGAAAAGCUAUGAUUUUCCAAUUGUUCAAUAAUGAAGUGGUACAAAGUGGGUUCAAAUAUUAAAGAAUACGUUUUUUUUAUUAGUUCACACUAGACGCGCGCAAAUCGUGCCACAGAUAAUGUCAAUUGUCAAAUCUUUGUCAAAUUAUUGGUCACAGAUAAUUAAAUAUAUAACCACAAAUAAUAAGUUUCAUCAUUCGUUUCGACAUAAUAUUAUUUAAGUGUAGAUUGAAUUGUGAUUGAAAGUGCAUUUAUUAAUAUUUAUGAUGACAUUAAAAUUAUGGAACAUGAAUUAAAUAAUGCACUCGUUAGCGUUGUUUCUACUCACAUUAAUUUUUAAGGUAGUAAUAUCGAAUUAUGUAUGGCAACCAGCAACAUGCAAAAAUUAAAUUAAAAUUUAGGUUGUAAUUUAUUUAGAUAGGGUUAAAAAGAAUGCAAUUAAUUACGCUAUCUUUGCAGAAUCCUACUUUAAUUUUAUUAUCUUAUUAAUAUGUUGCCAGUAUGAUUACUUAUAAUUUAUAUGUAAAUACAGGACAAAAAAAAUAGAUCUAGAACAAAAAAUGCUUGUUUGAAUUAAAGUCUAGGAAUAUAAAAAACUGCAAUAAAAAGUAUAUUUAAUAAGCUCGGUUCUUUUCAAGUAGGUACGGUCUACCUACAUGUGAAGAAAAAUAUGUUUUUAUAAAAAAAUAAUGAUUAAAAUAAGUAGGUAAAUAAUAAAAAUGAUUCCUUCUUGUUGUAGUUAUUAAACUCGUGUUCUUCUUUCUAGCUGUAGUUUU